GUUCCGUUUCCGGGCGCAUUUCGCAGCAUUGCCUCCUCACACAGAUCGUUUUGUUUCCAUAAUACUAAUACUUGGUCAGGACUCGGCCUCAAUAUGGUGAAACUAUCCGCAGAGCUAAUUGAGCAAGCUGCUCAAUAUACCAAUCCUGUGAGGGACAGAGAGCUGGACUUACGAGGUUAUAAAAUCCCUGUGCUUGAAAAUCUCGGAGCCACUCUGGAUCAGUUUGACACUAUUGACUUCUCUGACAACGAAGUGAGAAAACUGGACGGCUUCCCCCUGCUCAAAAGGCUGAAAACAUUGCUAAUGAACAACAACAGGAUUUGUCGCAUAGGUGAGAAUUUGGAGCAAUCUCUGUCGGCUCUGUCAGAACUGGUUCUGACAAACAAUAAUAUUCAGGAGCUGGGUGACUUGGACCCACUGGCCUCAGUGAAGAGCCUGACCCUGCUCAGCUUGUUAAGGAAUCCAGUGACAAACAAGAAGCAUUACAGGCUCUAUGUCAUCAACAAAAUCCCACAGAUCCGUGUGCUUGACUUCCAGAAGGUAAAGCUCAAGGAACGGCAGGAGGCAGAGAAAAUGUUCAAGGGCAAACGAGGUGCUCAACUUGCAAAGGAUAUUGCCAGACGAACGAAAACAUUCACUCCCGGAGUGGCAGCACAGCUGGAGAAGAAGAGGACGGGGCCGUCUCAAGCUGAUGUGGAAGCCAUCAAGAAUGCCAUUGCUAAUGCUUCAUCGUUGGCAGAGGUGGAGAGGUUGAAAGGGAUGCUUCAGGCUGGUCAGAUCCCAGGACGAGACCUGAGACAAGGUCCAGCCGGGAUGGUAGAAGAAGAGGAGGAGGAGGAAGAGGAGGAAGAGGCUGAUGCUGCACAGAUGGAGACACGUAUGGGUGGAGGUGAAGAGGAGAUGAUAGAGGCUGAUCAAGAGGAGGAAGAGGAAGACAUGGAGGAAGAGCCACAUGUUAAUGGUUCCUGAGUACCUGGAUGCUUUUUUGUUCCUGUGUUGUAGAGUUUUUUUAUGUUGGACAUUCAUCUACCAGGGCUGUUUUAUUUUGUAACACAACAUACAUUAAAGUGAUUUGUUAUAUA